AUGCCACCAGCAAUAGCAGCGCCACAGUACCCACCUCCAGAUGGAGGCUGGGGAUGGGUUGUGGUCUUUGGGGCUUUUAUCUCCAUUGGAUUUUCCUAUGCAUUCCCCAAAGCCAUCACGGUAUUCUUCAAAGAAAUACAAGAAAUCUUCCACACAUCAUAUAGUGAGAUAGCUUGGAUAUCAUCGAUAAUGUUGGCUGUCAUGUAUGCAGGAGGUCCCAUAAGCAGCAUUUUGGUGAAUAAGUAUGGUAGCCGGCCUGUGAUGAUAGCAGGAGGUAUCCUGUGCUCAUUUGGUAUGAUUGCUUCCUCUUUCUGUAAUAGUGUCCUGGAACUUUAUCUAUGUAUUGGUGUUGUUGGAGGUCUUGGUUUAGCAUUCAACUUACAGCCUGCCUUGACCAUGAUUGGCAAGUAUUUCUAUAAGAAGCGUCCCAUUGCUAAUGGAUUGGCCAUGGCUGGAAGUCCAGUGUUUCUGAGCACAUUGGCACCUCUCAAUCAAUUCCUCUUUAAUGCAUUUGGCUGGAAAGGAAGCUUUCUCAUUCUGGGGGGACUUCUUUUGAACUGCUGUGUGGCUGGGUCACUUAUGAGACCUGUUGGACCGAAAACAGUCCCUCCUGUGAAAAAAGAUGUUGAAAAAGGCACAGGAGACUCUACCUUGCACAAAAACAACAAGAAGUCUUUUUGGCAAACUAUGAAUAAAUAUCUAGAUCUGUCCCUCUUCAAACACCGAGGGUUUCUGAUCUAUUUGUCAGGAAAUGUCAUUAUGUUUAUUGGUUUCUUCGCUCCAAUAGUGUUCUUGGCUCCUUAUGCCAAGCACAAGGGAAUUGAUGAAUAUUCUGCUGCUUUUUUGCUAUCUAUCUUAGCCUUUGUAGACAUGUUUGCUAGGCCUUCAAUGGGACUCGUAGCGAACUCCAAGUUUAUCCGGCCAAAGAUUCAGUACUUUUUUAGUUUUGCUGUCUUGUACAAUGGUGUCUGUCAUAUCUUGUGCCCUUUGGCAACAAAUUACACUGGCUUGGUGAUAUAUGCUGUAUUUUUUGGGUUUGCAUUUGGAAUGGUUAGCAGCGUUCUUUUUGAGACAUUGAUGGACCUCGUUGGGGCUGCCAGAUUUUCCAGUGCAGUUGGACUUGUCACCAUCGUGGAAUGUUGCCCCGUGCUCAUAGGCCCUCCUCUAGGAGGUUGGUUAGUGGACGUUACUGGUGAAUAUCAGUACAUGUAUUUUGUCUGCGGAGUGAUUGUGAUUGUGGCCAGUAUCUGGUUGUUCAUUGGCAAUGCCAUUAACUACAGGCUUUUGGCAAAAGAAAAGAAGUUAGAAGAUGAGAAGCAGAAAGCACAUAAGAAUGCUGACUCAAAGGAAGCAGAACCAUUAACAAACAAUGAGAAUGAAGAUGCUGCCAGCAGAGCUGAUAAAGCUCUUGAAGAUCCUUCAGAAAGAGAAACCAAUAUUUAAUCUGCAGUACAGCUCAGAAGGCAACAUUUAUGACUUCCAUUAGAAAUAUGUCUUCAAGACACAGGCCAGGUUUUGUGGUAAUAAUGAUCAGUCACAAUAUUGGAUGGGAACAGAUUUUUGCCCUGUGGCAAGACUCUGAGUUAAAUUACUAUCUACAGUUUAUUUAUUUCAGUGAUACAAAAUUGAGAUUACAGAGGUAGUGACUCCAUGCAAAUAAGUCCAUCAAGCUAUAGCUCUGGACAAUCAAGAGUCAGGUAAACCAGACUAUAUAUAAAGCCUUCCAAUGACAAACAGUUUUGUUUUAAAAGUAUAUCUAAUGCAAAAGAAUCUCUUACUCCUAUUUGUGAAGAUACUUUGUGUUCAUUUUUAGAGUAUUGUUAAAGUCUGUUGAAAUAAUUUGCCCAAACUGUACUUACCACUAAUAUUAAAAAGAAUAUAAACUCAAAGAUUUGUUUCAAAAGAGACAGAGUACCUGAGUGAAGCACAUUGAAACUUUUUUCUCUUUUGUAUGCCCACUAGAUCAAAAGGAUACAUUAUGUCUGUAUAAACAAUUAUAAUAUGGAUGUAAAAGUUAAGGCUAGAAGAUGAACAAUUGGUGGGCACCAUCUCUAAAACACAAUAAACAGCUGAAUUACAGUAUAUUCUAGAAGUUGUUUCCUCCUGUGACAGCUGACUACAUUGUACUUCAACAUACACAUUGGAACACAAAGUACAUUCAGACCUCACUAAUUCAAACUAAGCUAAAAUCUGCCUGUACAUAAAAGGAUUUCAAACCAAGAUUUACAUUGCUAACAAGAGU